UUUAUGUGUUUAUUUUUGUUGUUUUGUUUAAAGAUUUUUUUUUCUUAAGGUGGCAGCAUGGAAAUGAAGCUUCUUCCGAGUCAAAUCAGAUUUGGAUCCAAACAGAUUGUAUUUAAUUAAAAAUGCCUUCAACGAUGAUCCUGAAGCCCAAACCAGCGGAGGUGUCGAAGAAGAACAAACCUGUGAGGCCGACAGCAGCCUGCAGCCGGGCAGGCGGUCAGCUUCAAGCGCCCUCCGUGCGUAAAACCCGCGCGUCAAGCUGCUCCAGGGGCCCGCACCAGCGGGACAAGAGCCAGAGGGGCCCCACAGUAUCAAACACAGGGGCCCAGGAGUGCAAACUGACCUGCGAGAAGAGAGUCAGGUCCGCAUCCUUAGCCCCCAAACCAUCGGGAGCCAAACCCGCGGAAAGAAGCACCGGAACAGAGCCGGGGCGCCGGAGGGCCUCCAGCUCUGUGAGGCAGGCUGAUGCCAACCCGACCCUCCACAGCCGGGGGCCCACCGGGGGUCCGGCUGUGAAGGAGCUGCGGUGCUCCAGGUCUGAGGGGAAGAAAAUGAUCCAGAGUCACAAAGCUUUCACCGUCAUCCCUCCGGACCCAAAGAAACGAAAAGAGAUCCAGAAAAAGGCAGAGGCGGAGCUGGCUGCUUUGGAGGAGCUGCGUCUGAGCAGAGCCGUGUCCUAUGUGUCCAUCGACCCCAGCACCGUCGGCGGCUGCAUGAGUCUGGAGGAAGUACGGCUGAAGCAGCAGCAGGAAAUGAUGCAAGCAAGGAGGAAACAGAAACAGAUGAAGAAGCAGAUGAUGGAGGAAACGUCGGUCCUGAUGAGGUGACCGAGCGGCUCGUCUUCUUUUUGUCUCAACUGGCUGCUAAACCUUUGCUAAACACAGCUAUAGACAUAUAACCCACGGUUCUGGUCCAAGGUUUCCAUCCACUCAUCAAACACUUGAAUAUCAAAAUAACUUUUUAUCUUGAAGCUAUUUAUCAGGUCGUUUCUCUAUUUCCUGGGUUAAUUAUCCAAAGUCAAACCGCUUCAGGCAUUUUUUUAACAAGAACUGAACAGAAAUGUAUUCAUAUUAUGGAUUCUCUCUUACAUUCUCCAAAUCAGGACAGACUCAUCUAUAUCCAAACAGCUCCACUAACAUUUAGUUGAAUGUUUUCUGCAUCAUUCUGGCUGUAAACUGAACCAACGUUAGUGGCAGAAAUGAGAGGUUAUUUAGAUCGGUCGACUUUCCUCCUUUAUUUUUUAUCCACUUUAUGCAAUGACAGCGAAACAUCCCUUAGCAUUAUGCUUCCACCACCGUGCCCCGCUCUUAGG